CUCUCUCUCUCUCCCUAAAACACACACACUCUACUUAACUCUUACUCUCACACACACAAAUCUUCAUCUCUCUGCCGACAUGGGAUUGGGAUCUUCAACUACAUCAACAACAAUGGCGACAAUCUGCUUUGUUGUUUGUUAGUUCACUUCUUUUGUGGACAUCUACUCUGUUUUUGUCUCAAAACCCUAACCCCAGAUCUACCGCUACCAUGAAUUAACAACAGCUACAACAAGGAAGCGAGCAUGGCGCAGAACUCAGACCCGACCAAGCGUCCCAAACCCGGCCCAUGGCCUCCUGGUCAAGAUUCCAACGACGCACCUGCAAUGCCUCCUUCUUCAUGGGCCAAACGGACCGGUUUCCGCCCUAGGUUCUCUGGAGAGACCAAUGCCAGUGAUUCUGGUCAAAUUACCAGACCUCCGGUCGAUCUCGAGGCUGGACGUGUCCGUCCGGUCCCAGCUGUAAACGGUACGGCUCCACCACCGCCCGCUAAUGCUCAGGCGCAGGUGCAAUCAGAUAAGGAUCAGUCGGUGAAGAAGAAGAGGGAGGCUGAGGGUGGUCCCGCGCGUCUACCGCCCAAGCAUGGGGCUAAUAGGCCGCCGGCUCAUAAUGCUGUGGCGGUUGAGACGCCUGCGGCGCCUCAGCCUAGCCAGAGAGUGGUUAGGAAUGAGAAUGGGGAGAAUGCGUUGCCACAAACUGUUGAUGAUGAAUUUGUUUCUCGUCAUUCACAUAUGAAGUAUGAGCUUAGAGACACUCCUGGUCUUGUUCCCAUUGGUUUCUACGGAUUCCAGCACUAUCUAUCCAUGCUGGGUUCACUGGUUUUAAUUCCGCUUGUUAUUGUUCCAGCAAUGGGUGGUGACCAUGAAGAUAUGUCAAUGGUGGUCUCCACUGUACUUUUUGUUUCGGGAAUGACCACACUUCUACAAGCAAACUUUGGAUCAAGAUUACCCCUCAUUCAAGGUCCAUCUUUUGUCUUUCUUGCUCCUGCGCUUGCCAUAAUAAAAUCCCCUGAGUUCCUUGGAUUGAAUGGAAAUAAUUUCAAGCAUAUAAUGAAGGAACUACAAGGGGCUAUAAUUAUUGCAUCAGCUUUUCAAGCAUUUCUUGGAUAUAGUGGACUAAUGACACUAUUCUUGAGAUUGAUUAAUCCAGUGGUUGUGUCCCCAACUAUUGCUGCUGUUGGACUUUCAUUCUAUAGUUAUGGUUUCCCACAAAUGGGGGCAUGUCUUGAGAUUGGCAUGGUGCAGAUUCUUUUGGUUAUUAUGUUUUCUCUAUACCUUCGCAAAGUAUCUAUUUUAGGACACCGUGUAUUUCUAAUCUACGCUGUACCUUUGGGUCUAGCUAUCACAUGGGCUAUGAGUUUCCUUCUAACUGAAGCAGGGGCGUAUAAAUACGAUGGGUGUGAUGUAAAUAUUCCAACUUCAAACAUGAUAUCCAACCACUGCAGAAACCAUGUUGCCAGAAUGAAAAGCUGUAGAGCAGAUACCUCACACGCCUUAAAUUCUUCCCCAUGGUUCAGAUUCCCAUACCCAUUACAAUGGGGCACACCUGUUUUCAACUGGAAAAUGGCCAUUGUAAUGUGUGUCGCCUCUCUUAUCACUUCAGUUGACUCAGUGGGGUCGUACCAUGCAUCAUCGUUAUUGGUGGCAUCUAGGCCUCCCACGCCAGGUGUCGUGAGCCGAGGGAUUGGUCUAGAAGGUGUGUCUAGUAUCUUGGCAGGGUUAUGGGGCACGGGAACCGGGUCAACUUCUUUGACCGAAAAUGUCCACACAAUUGCUGUUACAAAAAUGGGGAGUCGAAGAGCUGUUGAGUUGGGAGCUUGUGUUUUGAUUGUGUUAUCCUUAGUAGGUAAAGUAGGAGGGUUUAUCGCGUCAAUUCCUCAAGUAAUGGUUGCAGGGUUGUUAUGUAUCAUGUGGGCCAUGCUUGCAGCAUUGGGUUUGUCAAAUCUACGUUACAGUGAAGCCGGAAGCUCACGAAACAUAAUAAUCAUCGGGCUUUCCCUAUUUUUCUCACUUUCCAUUCCGGCCUACUUUCAGCAAUACGCUCUCUCACCUAAUUCCAAUUCCGCCGUUCCAAUUUACUUCCAGCCUUACACCGUUGCCUCACACGGCCCAUUCCGCUCCCAAUACCGAGGCUUGAAUUAUGUAAUGAACACGGUGUUGUCAUUGCACAUGGUGAUAGCGUUUUUGGUAGCUGUAGUUUUGGACAACACGGUUCCCGGGAGUAAACAAGAACGGGGGGUUUACGUGUGGACUGAAGCAGAAGCGGCUCGAAGGGAGCCCGGUGUGGCUAAGGACUAUGGGUUACCGUUUAGAGUUGGGAAAAUGUUCAGAUGGGUGAGAUGGGUUGGGCUUUAGUGGGCCAUCAAAGAAAAUUUUGCCACGGGUUUGUAGUUGUGAAUGGGUCGGGUUGAGUUGGGCUGGGUUGGUGUGUGUACAUUGGACAGGGGGUUAUGUGUUGUAAUGUUAAAUUUUUUUUUU